UUAGGGAACACUGUACAGGGUUUUAAGUCUUGAGAGGGGAAAGGGUUUUGGAUCCAACAGAACGCACAGACACCCGCACUCACAAAUGGCAGCCGUUCGACGCCCUUCUUUGAGCAGAUCCGGCAGCGGUGAUGACGGCAUCUUAUCUCGAAUCUCCCAAGCGCCUCCUGAAGAGCACCGGCAAGGCCGCCUGGAUCGCCGCCACAACCUUUAUCGUGCUUGGGAUUCCCCUCAUCAUUGAGAUGGAUCGCGAGGCGCAGCUCAAUGAAGCUGAGCUGCAGCAGGCCUCCCUCCUCGGGGGCGCCGCUCCAGGCCAGCCAGCCUUCAUGGCCCCACCUAAGUGAUGUAAUGAUUUUUGCGAUCCUUUUACCAUAUAUGAUUCUGAUAAUGGGUCUAGGGUUUUGUGCUUCUCCGUUCUGAAUUUAGUGGUAGAUUUUUCUUUUCCUUUUUCAUUUCUGGUGUUUGGUAUGAGCUUUAAUGCGAGGAUGAUUGAUGCUAAUACGUGUGUUUGAACACUGUUGGUUACUAAUAUUGAGUUACCUUCUACUGCGGUAUACACUCGGUUAACAGCCUUCCAUUGAUUUAGGUUGUUUUAGAUGUAUCAAUAACUGGAUUUGUAACACUACUUGAAGUGCUUUCUGUUUUCUGUAAUAUUCUCUCUGAUGGAUUCACUUGGUGCCAAUGGCAAAUUAAGCACAGAAAUAGAUAAUUUGUUAUCUCAAAA